AUGCCUAGCUACGCUGACUGCACGGCCGUCAGCCCGCUGUGCCCAGUCGAGGCUACAACCUACGGCUACUAUCCCAACUUUGGCGCCAACGUCUUCUUCACUGUUUUCUUUGGGGUUUUGGGCAUUUGCCAGAUUGGCUAUGGAGUCUACUUUCGCACUUGGACCUUCAUGGUCGCCCUGGGCGCCGGUGCGAUCAUGGAGAUGGCCGGAUACGUGGGCCGAGUCUUGAUGAACUCCAACCCUUGGAACGAGAGUGCGUUCAAGCUGCAAAUUGUGUGUCUAGUCUUAGCACCGACCUUUGUCGCCGCCGGCGUCUACCUCACUCUCAAGCAUAUUGUGUUGAACCUGGGUCCCGAGCACUCCAAACUCAAGCCACGCCUGUUCACUUGGAUCUUUAUCAGCUGUGAUAUCGGCUCGUUGAUUCUGCAAGCAGCCGGUGGUGGUGUCGCGGCUGCUGCUGGACAUUCGGAUCAAAAGCUCCUCAAGGCUGGCGACGAUAUCAUUAUCGCGGGUAUUGCCUUCCAGGUGGUCACGAUGGCCGUUUGUGGGAUAUUGGGUCUGAACUUCUUCUGGAAUGUUUUCCGCAGCGGUAAUGGCCUGGUGGGUGAGAAGACGUUGGAGGAUCCUACACCGGCGAUUUCGCCUCAGCGAAUGAGGCUGGUGAUCAUUGCUGAGGUCUUUGCAUACUUUACAGUCUUGAUCCGGUGUAUCUAUCGUAUUCCUGAGAUGGCCGGCGGUUGGGGCAGCGCGCUGAUGCAAAAGGAGAACGAGUUCCUCCUUUUGGACGGAAUGAUGAUUGCUUUGGCCUGUACGGCCUUCACUCUCGUCCACCCUGGUCUUUUCAUUCCUUCGAUGCGGACCGGGCACAAAAACCGGACUUAG